AUGACUUCAACAGAUAAGGAGUUUUCAGAAAACAGCAACUUUUCGCCAAAAGCCAGCACCAGCAAGCUCCCAACAGAUGCGUCUCCUGACUCUAAAUGCCCCAUCUGCUUGGAUAGGUUUGACAAUGUUGCUUAUCUCGAUCGCUGCUUGCACAGGUUCUGUUUCCGCUGUGUCCAGGAAUGGUCAAAAAACAAAGCAGAAUGCCCUCUCUGCAAGCAGCCCUUUUUUUCCAUUUUCCAUACAAUUCGUGCUGAAGAUGACUUUAAGGAGUACAUACUCAGCCCUUCUGAAAAUAGCUCUUUUGCCAGCCCUGAUGGCCGGAGAUUUCGUUACCGUACCACAUUAACGAGGGAACGCCGCGCUGCCAGUUCCCCUUCCCGCAGAACAUUGUCCCCUCCAGACAAUGGGAUACUGUUUGAAGGGUUAUCGAGUGAACCAGUGCGGCAGAGAGAUGGAGAAAUUCAGCAGAUGAUAAGGAGGCUGGCCUCCAGGAGGCAGGCUAGCACAGAGGGCAGAUCUCUGCGGCAGAUUCAGGAGGAGGACAUGAUCAACUUCCGCAGAGCUCUGUACCGUACUGGCGUGCGUAUUCGUAGUAUUCAGGAUGGUGGACGCUAUCGAGACAUUUCAGCAGAGUUCUUCCGCCGCAACCCUGCUUGCCUUCACAGGUUAUUUCCUUGGUUGAAGCGAGAGCUUACAGUCCUGUUUGGUGCCCAUGGAUCUUUGGUUAAUAUUGUACAGCACAUCAUCAUGAGUAAUGUGACGAGGUAUGACCUGGAGAGUCAAGCCUUUGCUGAUGAUUUAAAGCCAUUUUUGCUGAAUCGGACUGAACACUUCUUACAUGAAUUCAUCAGUUUUGCCCGUUGUCCUUUUAACUUGGAAGCAUACGAUCAACAUGCCAAUUAUGACUGUCCUGCGCCAUCAUAUGAUGAAGGAAGCCACUCAGGCUCAUCAAUCAUUACAAUAUCUCCAGAUACGGCAUAUUCUCAAGGGCCAGAUAACAGCUCGUCUGUGACUGGUCUUGGUCAGGCCCCAUGGGAUGAUGAAACUCCAGGGCCUUCCUAUUCCAUUUCAGAAGAGGUUCGUACAACCACAGCAUCUCCUCUGGAGAUGUCAGAAAGUUCUGAUGAGGAUUCUGCCGCAAAGAGCCAAAGAACCAAACUGCAGACUCAGUCACAGGCUAAUGCUGACUCAAACGACAGUGACUCUUCCUCGGACAAUUGUGUUAUUGUUGGGUAUGUUAAGCCAUUAGCUGAGAGGACACCAGAAGUGGUUGAGCUGACAUCAGACUCCGAGGAGUCUGUCAAGGAAGAGAAAAAGGAAGACGUGAAGAAACAGGAGCCAAUCCAGUGUCGCAGCUGGAGUGAUAGCGAACGGAGCAGGAGUCUCUCACCGCAUACCCCUGCAUAUAAGGAAUAUGUAGGUAGUUGCAGAAGCUGCUCAUCUCCAGCAGCUGAGAAGACAGAGUCAAAAGAGGAUGAGAAGAACAAAUGUAAGGUAAAAGAUCUGUCUCCACAGGACUUGAGGUGGAGCCCCUCUCCAGGGAGUGACACAGUAGGCUCCCCUUGGAAUCACAAGCUGUCUAGAAAGGAGAAGUCCAGGAGCCCGCUGUCCUGUUCACGGAGCAGUCGAGGCAGUCAUGGUCAUGGCUCUAGGAGGGAGCAUCGUAGCAAAAGCCAACUUAAAAGGAGACAAUCAAGAAGCAGAGAGAGUAGCAAACAUAGGAGCAGAAGAAGCAGCAGGAGGUUGAGGGCUCAUGAUGCCAAAGUCUCUCCAAAAAGCCAGAGGGGCUCUCUCAGUCGUGAGAGCACUCCAUCCAGAGAAGUAAGCAGAUCACGAUCAUGUAGCAAAGGCCACGGCAAAAGGAGAUCAAGAAGUAUAGACAGUGAUCGUUAUUAUUUAAGAGACAGUUAUCAAAGUAGAUACCAGUGGGGUUAUGCUUUCUGUACUCGAAAGGCAUUCAGAGAUGGCUAUGAAUCCUCCAGCAGGAGGAGGACUCGGUCUAAUGCUUUCUACUCAAGGCAAUCUGCUAGUCCGGAAUACAGCAUACGAUCAUUUAUUGAAAGGACAGAUUCGCGUAGCCAGAGGGGUGUCCAUGAGAGACACUAUUACUGUUAUGAAAGAUGCAGAUCAAAGAGUCGAUCAAGCAACAGGUCAAGGACCCCUUCCGGAGGAACUGACAUAAUGAAAAGUGAAAAGCCUGGUGGAAAAAGGAAGUACAAAACUCGCCACUUGGAGAAUGCGUUCAUGGAGAGCACAAGUCUAGAAAGAGAAAGUGACCCCAAGAAAACUUCCUCAAAAUUCAGUGACUGCUACAAAAAUGAAGAUAGCCUUUCAGACAAUCAAGCGAGCAGUGAGACCAAGCGCAAGAAAAAGAAGAAAAAGAUGAGGAGCCCAAGUGUGGAGAUAGUCUACGAAGGAAAAGCGACAGACACAACAAGGCAUCUUAAAAAGAAAAAGAAAAAGCAUAAGAAGAAACACCGGAAACAUCACCUGAGCAACUCGGCACACUCUUCUCCAGUGGUGAUUACAAUUGAUAGCGAUAGUAGCAAGGAGCCAGAAAAUCCCGAAUGUGACAGCAGUAUUACUAGGACAGGCACAACUCAGAUAAAUGAGAGGGAAAAGGAGUCUCCAUCUUCUUUUCUGGGAAGGAGAGGAUGUGAAGAUGUUUACAGAGUUGGUGAGAAAGCUGGAAGAGCAGCCAAAAAGUACAGUAUUCUGACCAAAAGGGGAGACUUAGAUGGUGACGUUAAAAACGCUGAUGUCGAACUUCAAGAAGCAGCAGCUGAUCAGAGUCUUACCACAGGGGAUGCCAGCAGUAACACCCCUCACACAGAAACUGCAACCAGCUGCAGCCAGGAAGCACCAGCAGCACCUUCCAGCCAACUGCCCUCCCGCAAGACUUCCUUCUCAGAGUGUCCAGAGAGACGGCCAUUGAUACUAAGACCGCCAAAGAAACUUGUCAACAGAUGCUCUUGGUUUGAUUUCCCAGAAGAGAAAAUGUAG